AUGACAACAAGCCUUCCUCUUUUCAGGGGAAACAGCAUUUCCUUGGAAGAUGCCUUGGAAGAUGACGACAAUAUUCUCCAUCGGUUAGAUUAUCCGGAGAAAAAGAAGGAAUUCUGGUCGUAUCUUCUCUCUCAUAAGAAUGAUAUCGAAGAAUUAGUGUGCUUUCAUCUUUGUGCAAAACAUUGCCAGGUAGCUGAUGAAGCUCAUUGGUUAUUCGGGAGCUACAAUGUAUGCAUUCCAGUCUACAUUGACCCUCCAUCUGAGCACGCGGUUCUUGUUCGAAUCCCCUUACCGUUUAAAAUCGGAGAGACAUUUAAUCCUGGAAAUAUGGAUGAAAAGCUGCGGUGCGAAGUAGCUACCUAUAUUUGGAUUCGUGAGAAUUGCCCGACUGUCCCUAUUCCGUCCCUAUACGGAUUCGCGUUCCCCAAUGGGCUUACUUUUGCUGAAGUAUCUUCUGUAUCAUUCCUUUCUCGACUCCAGUGGCGUAUAAAACGGACCAUCAACUCGUUGCUUGGGUUCCCUGCAGCAUGCCCCUAUAUCGGCCUCAGACGGCCGAAUCCAUUGAGAACCGGAUACAUGAUCAUAAGCCUCGUGAAGAAUGGUCAGAUGCUUUCCAAUUCUUGGGCCACAUAUCUUCUUGAGGAUAAUUCACGCAGACAGACUCUUUUCCGUGACCUCGCGAACAUCGUAAUUACAUUGAAUCGUACACGGUUGCCGCAAAUCGGGUCUCUGACUUUAAGUGACGAUGGGGUUAUUAGUGUAACGAACCGCCCCUUGACACUUCGACUCCAAACAUUUGAAAAUGAAGGUAUUCCUACGAUCCCGAGAGCCUCAACUUACCAGGCUGUAGAGCCUUAUAUUCUAGAUCUUUUACAGUGCCAUGACAACCGCAUUUACUACCAGCCAAAUGCCAUCCAUAGCACAAAUGACGGCCAGGAGCAAUUUGCCGCUUUGACUAUGAUGCGCGGUCUUCUCCAUCAAUUUGUGUCCCGUCAAUAUCGCGAUGGGCCAUUUGUGCUUACACUUACUGAUCUUCACCCAAGCAACAUCUUCGUUGAUGAAGACUGGCAUAUAACGUCCCUUAUUGACCUAGAAUGGGCAUGUUCGUUCCCGAUCGAGCUACAAACACCCCCAUACUGGUUAUCCGGUCGGCCUAUUGAUGACAUUGAACAUGGAGAGCAUCUACAAACUUUCGAUAAGAUCAUCAAUGAAUUCAUAGAUACCUUUGAAGAACAGGAAAAAAGGCUUCAAGACCCCAAUGCUUUCCAGGCUCAGAUUAUGAGACAAUGCUGGAAUAGUGGAAGUUUCUGGUAUUUUCAAGCUUCACAUAGCCCAAAGGGCCUUCUUAGUGUCUUCAACGAGCAUAUCCAACGCAAAUUUUGUGAGGAACAUUGCACUCAACGCGUGUUUGAUCGAACUGUCAGCCCAUACUGGUGUGUAGGAGCUGAUGACUUUAUUCGAACGAAGGUGGAGGAAGAGAAAGAGUACAAGAAUCGGUUAAGAAAACGGUUUAAUAAUAUUGGACAACAAUGA